AUGGGUAUCCAGCACUCAAGCCGCGCUCUACAGAAGAAACUUCUAACAAAAAUGACAGCCAUCAAAUCAGAACCCAUCUCAGACCUCAUCACAAUAGACAACCAAUAUCUGGACCGAGUAACAGCCCGCCGAACCAUCAUCUCAAAAUACGACAAAACCGUGCACGGCUGUCUAAAAGGCGGCGAAUCCGCCGUCUACGAGCUCUACUCUUUCCUAUUAACUCACUUCCUACCUUCCCGCUUCCCAGAUCUCUUCACCUUGACCGAAAAAGCAUUCCACAAUAAAGUAACCGGCAAAUCGUUCCCCACAUCCCCACCCCAAGAUCCAGAGCUCUGUCUCCGGAUUCUCGCCGAGACGAUCGAGGAGGAUAUCUUCCUCCUCAAAGAGACGAAAACCACGCAUAUUUGCCUGGCUUUUGCGUGUUGUUUCCCGACGGGCUUUGAUCCAUCUGCAAAGUUGGGACUGGACUUGAAGGGUAUUCAUGGGCCUGUACCGGGUUAUGAGAAGAUCGGGCCGAAUAUCAAGGCAGAGGGCACCGGACCCGACCUUGCAGACGCUAUCGAAGGUCUUCAGAAGGGCAAUGCGCCUGGCAUGUUUAAGUACAAGAGUGCCAUCCGAUGGGGAAAGAGCGUAGCCGGGUAUCUACGUUCAUGA